UGAUGCGCUCUUUUCCCCCUCUUCCCCCUCAAUUCUCUUUUCUUUAUGAUGAUCUCUUUAUUGGAGCUGUCUGUAGCCUGCUAUGUCUGGCGUUUGAUGACAAAAUUUUACAUACGCUUUUUUAUCUGAUAUGUACCGAGGACAACCUACACUUUUGCACUUGCCAUGUCUGUAUCGCAGAAGGGAAUGGAUAACUAACACUGGUAUCCUGCGCUUUCUAGGUCUCUCCAGUCAAGCAUGCCACAUCUGCCACAAUAAUAGGUCAUCUCUGUAGCUGCCGGUUAUGUCUGCUGUAGACACCGCAAGUGGUGCUGCGAGCUCCUCGAAGCCGGACCAAAAUGGGCAGAACGGUCAAAACGGUGGGCGUGAAGAUCCUGGCGGCUUCAAGCUAAAGUUUUGCACCGUCUGCGCCAGUAACCAGAAUCGCUCCAUGGAAGGCCACUUGCGACUCUCUCUUGCAAAUUACCCCGUGAUUUCGUUUGGUACAGGUUCUCUUGUCCGACUGCCCGGGCCGUCUAUUACACAGCCCAAUGUCUACAAGUUCAACGAAACAUCAUACGAUAGUAUAUAUCGGGAGCUGGAAGCCAAAGACCCUCGGUUAUAUCGCGCAAACGGACUGCUGAACAUGCUUGGAAGAAACCGCCAAGUCAAGUGGGGCCCUGAACGAUGGCAGGACUGGCAGAUUGGAAUGCCUAGAACCAAGCAUAAGGAAGACAAGGGCGCCGAUGGCAUGGAGGGCGGCGUAGCUGAUGUUGUCAUCACCUGUGAGGAACGCUGUUGGGAUGCCGUGAUUGAUGAUCUCCUCGCCCGUGGCUCGCCACUUAACAGGCCUGUUCACGUCAUCAACAUCGAUAUCAAGGAUAACCAUGAAGAGGCAUCCGUUGGAGGGCGAGCCAUUGUCGAUUUGGCAGACUCGCUCAACAAGAUUGCUGCCGAGGAGCGGGAGAAGGUUGGCGCUUCUGCCUUUGACUCGGGAAGCGUAGGCGCCAGGUCAGGAUUCGAUGAGCGCGUACCGGACGUCCUGGCCGAGUGGCAGGAGAGGUGGCCGAAUCUUCCUGCGACGUGGACUUUGGCUUGGUUCUAAGCAUUGAAUUGGCGUAUUGUUUGGGCUCGUGCAUGGUGCAUCGUAAGGCGUUGGACGUUCUUUUUUUGCCUGGCGGGCGUAAUUGCGGUUACGGACAGGGAUACAUCUCUUGGGUUCAUGAUUGAUGACCAGAC